AAUGUACACUGUGUAGCACUGUCUCCUCUCUCCAGUAGACUAUCAUGCCUCGGAGUCCUACGUCCAGUGAGGAAGAAAUGGCCCAGAGUGUCUCUGACGGGUCUGGAGGUUUUGAGACAGACAGCUCCAAGGAGGAGGCUGGCCAUGGAGGACCUGGAGGGGAAAGGGCCAGCAGAAGGACCGACAGGAGGGCAGAGAAGGAUAAGGCCGCCCGCAGGGAGUCACUGGUCUUCUGUGUGGUCAUCCCUGACCUGCAGCAGUCUACAUGUAUGAGGUUUAAACCCGAGGCCACCGUAUGGGUUGCUAAACAGCAGAUCCUGUGUACACUGACCCAGACGUUGAGGGACGUGCUGAACUAUGGCCUGUUUCAGCCCGCCGUGGAGGGCCGCAAGUCUGGCUUCCUGGACGAAGAGCGCCCCCUCAAAGACUACCCUACUCCCGCCAGCAUCAAGGGGGUUCCAACUUUGGAGUUCCGUUACAAGAGCAGGGUCUACCAGCAGCCCAAUGUAAACGAAAAGCAGAUUGCCAAAAUCCACACGCAGGCCAACUAUAGGAAAUUCAUGGACCACAUUCAGCAUCUCCAGCUGGAUAAAGUGGUAAAGAUGCUGGAGAAAGGCCUCGACCCCAACUAUCAAGACCCUGAUACUGGUGAAACUCCACUGACCUUCGCAGCCCACCUUUACAAUGUGGAGCAGGUCAUCGUUGUAUUGAAACAAGGUGGAGCACAUCUGGACUUCAGAUCACAAGACGGGAUGACCGCUCUCCACCAUGCGGUCAGGGCCAAGAAUCAGGCCACGCUGAAGGCUCUACUGGACCUGGGCGCAUCUCCAGACUACAAGGACAGCCAGAGUCUCACCCCCCUCUACCAUACAGUCUUGGUGGAGGGAGACCCAAGCUGCUGUGAGCUGCUACUGAGGGCCCACGCCACCGUCUCUUGCCAUGACGAGAAUGGCUGGCACGAGAUACACCAGGCAUGUAGAUAUGGACAUGUCCAGCACCUGGAGCACCUGUUGUUCUACAGAGCAGACAUGGGUGUCCAGAACGCUUCGGGAAACACGGCUCUACACAUCUGUGCUCUAUACAAUCAGGAACACUGUGCCAGAGUACUGCUUGUUCGUGGUGCCAACAAGGAAGUGAAGAACUACAGAAGCCAGACAUCAUUCCAGGUGGCCAUCAUUGCGGGGAACUUUGCAUUGGCAGAAUUAAUCAAGAAUCACAAAGAGACUGAUAUUGUGCCUUUCCGUGAGGCGCCGGCCCAACCUGCCCGGCGCAAGCAAGCUCCACGGAGCACCCUCGCUGCACCACGGCCGGCGCUCUUGCGCUCCAACAGCGACAACAACCUGAACGUGAACAACCGGUCACCCUUGCCGUCCCCGAGCCACUCUCCCCUGCGUAGCCUCUCCCCUCGCCGGCCCCAGCAGCAGCAGAUGCCCAGCCCCAAUGGAACAGUCAGGACCAUGGGGAAGGGGGCUCCCCGCCCUCCCCGCUCACCUUCCCUGGGGCGCCUGGGGGAGGAAGCACGGAGACAGACCCCUCAGCGACAGCCCAGCCCACACAGGGGUCGGGAAGCUUUCUCUGAUGGCAUAGACAGCCAGGGGCCCAAGCGUAAGCUGUACAGUGCUGUGCCAGGCAAGCACUAUGUGGUGACCCAGUCCUACCAACCACAGGCCGAAGGAGAGAUCCCCCUGUACAAGAACGACAAGGUCAAAGUGCUCUCCAUAGGGGAAAGUGGUUUCUGGGAGGGCAGUGCCCGUGGUAACUUGGGGUGGUUCCCAGCAGAGUGUGUGGAGGAGAACAUCCCUAACCAAGUCCAGGAGGAGAAACCAUAUGCCAGGGCAGACAGAGCUGAGAGGAGGAAGCUCUUCAGGCACUACACUGUGGGAUCCUACGACAGCUUUGAUGCGUCAAGCGACUGUGUUAUUGACGAGAAGACGGUAGUUCUACAGAAGAAGGAUAAUGAGGGAUUCGGGUUUGUGCUGCGAGGGGCGAAAGCGGACACGCCUAUCGAGGAGUUUACUCCCACCCCUGCCUUCCCCGCCUUGCAGUACUUGGAGUCUGUGGACGAGGGCGGGGUUGCGUGGCGGGCGGGGCUUCGCAACGGAGACUUCCUCAUCGAGGUGAACCAGGAAAAUGUGGUGAAGGUGGGCCACAAACAGGUGGUCAAUACGAUCCGACACGGGGGAAACCGGCUCAUCAUCAAAGUGGUGACGGUUAGCAGGAAUCUGGACCCUGAUGACACGGCUAGGAAGAAAGUGCCCACACCUCCGCGUAGGGCUCCCUCCACUGCCCUGUCCAUGGCCAUGCGCUCCAAAUCCAUGACAUCAGAGCUGGAGGAGCUUGUGGACAAAGCCACUUUGAGGAAAAAAGUGACCGAUGAUCAGUCUUCCGAUAAUGAGAGUCUAAAGAAGAGGAUUGUUUUCUCAGUCACUCUAAAUAAAGUGGACGAGAACAUGCCUCCUCAGAAGCCUAUGUGGGAGAACUCCAAUGAUGACGUAAGGGUCGCUAACACAGUCAAGUCACGGCCCAACAGCAGGUGCUUCGCCAUGAGCCCCGAGAUGAAUUCCAUGUGUGAGAGCCAGGAUAUGUUGAUGCAGACCCAGACCCAGACCCAACCCAGAGAGCCAGGCAGUCCCAGAGGUCGAGGACCCUACCUGGGGGUGCCAAACAGACAGGGGACCAUGAGACGACAGAAGUCCAUAGGAACAUCUGGAAUAACAGAAGAGGAGACCCCUCAGUUUCUGACCCCUCCCAUGUUGAAAUUCACCAGGAGCCUCUCCAUGCCGGACACAUCAGAAGACAUCCCACCCCCACCCGCCAUCUCCCCUCCAUCUCCCCCUUACAACAACGUCCCCAACCCCCAGGGCAGAGGCUACGGCAUCAUCAGACACUCUGCUCCUAAAGGCACCGCCCCAGAGCGAGGGGACCUCACCGCGGGCGGCAGCGAUGGGUGGAGGGAGCAGGGGGGUAUGUACUACAGAGAGCCCCAGUCGGAACAGUACCAGUCUGAGGACCACCAUCACCAACAGGGAAGCCACAGCCCAGGUCAGGGCCUCACAGCCCAGCAGAGCUUCCUGAACCGCAGGGCCCAGAUCCCUGAGAACCCCUACUCAGACCUGGGGAAGAUGGGCAACCUGGGGCUGUUUGCCCCCAACAAGCCCCAGAGGAGGAAGGGCAUGCUGGUGAAGCAGGACAAGAUCGAGGACAGCCCUGAAAAGAUCUGCACCAUCAAAAUCCCAACCAUCAUCAUCAAGGAGCCGUCUACAUCCAGCAGUGGUAAGAGCAGCCAGGGCAGCAGCAUGGAGAUAGAAACUGGCGCCCACGACCAGCUCCGGCCCGACGACGGACACAACCCCAGCAGCCCCUUUGCCACGGCCAUGGCGGGCGCCGUUCGAGAGCGCGAGAGGAGGAUGGUGGAGUCUCACCAGAACUCCCCAUCCUACAGGUUCACCGACCAGGGUGACGAAGACUCGCCUCCCGCCCCAACCCCUCGCCUCCGCCACUCCAAGUCCAUCGACGAGGGGAUGUUCAGUAGUGAUGAACGCCUGCGCCGCAUCAUGGCCCCACCUGCCUCUCUCCUCAACAUCCCCAAAGGAGGAGGCAAUGUGACGAACUUCAAUACCUCAGAGCCCAACAUGGUGAGGGAGCCACUACACACCCGCACGGGUCACCACAGCCCGGUCAGUCUGCCAAACAAGGCCUACACCUCCAGCAGCGGACACUAUGUCCACCCAGUAACUGGGAAGCCUCUGGACCCUAACUCCCCUCUUGCACUGGCUCUAGCUGCACGGGACCGGGCCAUGAGAGAGCAGUCCCAGCCUCUCCCACUGAAGACUGAGCUACCCAAACCUGACCUGAACAAGCCUCUGUUCAUCGACACUAAGCUAAGGACCGGCAUGGAUGCGAGUUUCUCAGCGACGGCCACCAUGGGUCGACCAGGCAGGGCAGGGCUUCGCAGGCAGAUGACCGAGGCCAAGUACGAGACAGAGUCCAAAUACGACCACCCGCUGGCUAAAGACCAGGACAAGAGUCUAUCCCGGCCUGAGAGAGAAGAGGAGAAGAAGAACAUGUUGAUAGACAACGUGGACACGUCUCAGCAGAAGUCUGCUGGUCUGCUGAUGGUUCACACCACUGAUGGAAGCAGGUCUGAGGAGAACAGCCUGUCUGAGGGGGACAGGGACGGGGCAGUGAGUCCGGACAGCACCCCCAGCGAGCUCCGUGAUCCCAACCAGCCUAACACCUCCAAAAUGUCCUCCCCUAACCCCCAUAACUCCCACUCUAUGGGCCCUGGUCCCAGAGGUAGUAAGACCAUGAUCACCGUCACCUCAGUAGAUGAGCCGGUCAAACUCCCCUUCGGCAUCCCCCCUCCGCCCUGCGUUCCCUCUGUUGACAUCGACGAUGACUUCUUCGCUGACCCACUGCCACCGCCGCUGGAGUUCGCCAACAGCUUCGACAUCCCAGAGGACCAGAAGGGGGCGAUCGCUGAACUGCUCAAACAGCAUCGAAACGCUGGCAGAGCCCCAUCGUCUCUAGCUCCCUUCUACCCCCAUCACGGUAACACCCCAAGCCACCCUGACCAGACGAUGAUCAAACGUCCUGCAGUGCUCACUAACUGUAUGCCCCCCAGCUUCACCCCCAACGCCCUGGAGAGCUACGAGCCUAUCAGUGACUCUGGGAUCGAUGUGGAGCCCGACAGCCGCAGUAGUGGAGACCCUCAGAUGGAGACUACGAGCACUGUAUCCACUGUGUCCAGUAUCUCUACGCUGUCGUCAGACGGUGGCGAGAUGCUGGACAACACUUGCACAGUCUAUGCAGACGGACAGGCCUUUUUGGUGGACCGGACCUCAAAGCCAAAAAACAGGCAACCUGCCGCCAACAAGAGUAAUGCACUUUACAAGGACCCCGCCUUGAUGGAUAGAGAAGAGAACCUGAGAACUUUCGGAACGCCCUCCUCUGUCCCGCCACCUCCCCCCGGGGCAUGCGUCCACUCAGAGCCCCCCAGAACACCAACGCAAAGGACCUCAAAGCUGUGGGGAGACCCGCCAGGCUCUAACCCCUAUGACAUGCAGAACAAGGACAAGACACCAAAGCCAGGGGAUGGGAUAGACUCUUCUUCCUCAGGUUGUAGGACCGUUUUUGGAUCAAGGGGUCCAGACGGUGGGUCCCUUGCCUCAGGUACACAGCGGAAUACCACAGUCACUUUCGCUGCCCAGCUCGGCCCGAGCGUGCCGGCCCCAUCUCCAAAACGAGAGACAGAGAGUCUCCCCCACCACCGAGCCCCCAGCCCCAUCCUCUCUCCUCCAGACUCCGGCCUCGGCUGUGCCUCCUCUCUCCCCGCAACCUCCCCCACCCUCUCGGAUGUGUUCGGCCUGCCCACCCCCCCUCUCAGCCUGGGGAGCAGCCGCUCACCCUCCCCUCUCACCCUCAUGCAGGCCGUCUCCAACAAGCCUUUUGCCACCAAGCCGGUUCUGAUGUGGAGCAAGCACGAUGUGGCCGACUGGUUGGAGAGCCUAAACCUGGCAGAGCACAGAGACACCUUCAUGGACAACGACAUCGAGGGCUCCCAUCUGCCCAGCCUGCAGAAGGACGACCUCAUAGAUCUCGGGGUGACCAGAGUCGGCCAUCGGAUGAACAUAGAGAGAGCUUUGAAACUGCUGAUGGACAGAUGAGAAGAGGAUAGAGGUCUCUCAGUCUCCAACACAACAACUUCACAUAACAGUUUUAUUUACGUUGACUUAUUUUAAACUAUACUUGCUGUAUAAUUCUUAUGACGAUGCUUGUUUUGUUGAAACUUAGAAAUAUCCUCAUGUAUCCUGAAGAAACUGCAACUUGAAACAGCACUGCAGUUUCCUGAAUAAGCACAAAAGUCCCCCAGGGUGGGAUAGAGCGAUACCAGGUGAGACACAGACAAUCUGUCAGUAGAAAGUAAAGGAAGCAGACACACAGGGACCUGGCUGCGAUGUGAAAUACACUACACUAUCAAACAGAACGGCAGCCUAAUCACUCCGAGACUUAAGGACUUUUGAAAUCAACCUCAUUUGAAUGCAAAACCAGAGUCAGCUCUGCAGGGGUUUCAUUUUCUAUUGUAUCUCUGUUAGAAAGUAUGUGAACACUGAUCUCUUCAGGAAAAAGGGUAGGAAUCUGCACUGCACAGGGCCGGCGCGAGAACCAAUCAGUUGGCUGGGCACAUUUUUUUUUACUGGACCUCCUAUGCGUGUAAGUGCUUGGCCUCAAGGUACCCCCCCCCCUCAAGCUAAUUGAGCAGUCAUUUAAUAUAUGCUAUAGCCAAAAUAAUAAUUUGGCUUGUGUUUAUGAAGGUCUUAAGUAACAUUAGAAUACAACAAAUAUAUUUCAAAAAAACACAAGAGCAUUUUCAUUAGUUUAUGUUACUGUGGGAUACAGUAUGUAAAAGGCUGAAAAACACAACGACAAAAAAAAACAUCCAAAUUCAAGUGUUCAAUAAAUUGUAUUCGUGGAGUGCCUUUGUUACAACUAUGAAACAGAAAGCAUAGCUGUGGGAAUGCGGUAACAGCUUCUUUUUAUGACAACAAAAUAAAACACACCCCAACCACCAAGACGUGCCAGUGUGCAGUCAAACGAUGAAAACAUCAGUAGCCUAAACAUAUAAGCGCCAAGUGUGCUUGAUAAACAGUGAAAAUCAUCACAAAGCAAUAAUGGCAUUUUACAAUGGAUAUACAGUAAGUGUCGAUGACAGCCGUAAGAAAUGGUCAAUUGUCAGUUGGAGAAUGUCCAUCUCAUAUAAACACCGACAGCGCUUGAGGCCUGCUCUUUCAGUGACGACAUUUUGUGCUGCUAUUUGGCCUGUAGCAUUGUCACCGGCUUGUUCUUUUCCAAGCGGUGCCAUCCCUUCCUCUCUCCUGUCUCACCUUUUCACUUGUUGGUGGCGCAAGCACCUGCUCAGUGUGCACCAUUCUGGCUUUUUUUUGGGGCCUUUACGCCUCGGAGGUGUAGAUUCAGCCUGAGGCUCAGAAUCAGAAGAAUAAUCAUCAGAGAUUUCAUCGUGAUUCAUUUCUCCCCCGCCAUCUGAAUCGUUUUCCAUUCAGAUUUUGUAGCAGUGCUUGCCCUUUUACAUUCCGCACGCUCUCGCUGUUUACUCCAAGUAGGCCAGAAUAGGACUAAAAAGACUGCUUUGUUUCGGUGAACUGAUAUAGGGUACAUACUAUUUUGAAGUUAUAAUUAGAAUAGAUCAAUACAAUAGAAUGUUCCGCACUGUUCUUCAUUCACAAUUGGGGAUUGUAUAAUUAUGUAUUGUUCGCUUCCCCUCGCUCAUCAACUCACCCAUUCCCCACAUCGUGCUUUACUUCGUUUAUUGAGUCUGUGGUAUGUGUGAAAUUAGUUUCAGUAUAGUUUAGGUUCAGAUUCGAGACCGUUAUCGGGGUGGUUAUCAACUGGGCAUGGCACUAUCAGGAGAAGGGGAGCAGGCCCUACUGUCGACAGGGUAGUAGGCAAUUGGGGAGAAAAAACAUGAUAAAACUGGUUGUUUGAUUUUAACAACAACAGUGUGUUUUAUAGACUUAUUUAGGAAAGGUCAAGGACGAAAGGGGAGUAGUGCAUGUCUUAAAUGAAUGAGCAGUCCAAAUGACCGCUUUAGCGGUGCUCGUGUGGGUUUUUAUAGUAAAGACAUUUAGCUGUAAAAAUGUAUGACCUUUUAAUGUGGCAUGAACACAACCAGUCAUGAUGUUUUCAUCCGAUUGUCCAACAAAUCACUUCAAGAGAUGGGUUACCUUCGUGCAUUCGUCCAAAAAAGCAUCCGAGUGAGCGAGACAGCGCUCCCCUGUCUUACUCUAUGUAGCCCAUGUAUCUGAUGAGAUCUGGCAACAAAAAAAGAGAACGACAUGCCAUGCUCUUUAAUUCCAGACACCGUCACAUACAUGGGCUGCACCUACUGAGACAGAGGGGGCGCUGUUUCGCUCUCUCGGAUGAUUUAUCUGAGAUUGAUGCUGUCUUUAUGUUGGCGCGCAUCUCGGUCAAAUAAAUUAUACGCCACAGUGGACGCGUUAUAAUACCCAUAAAAACACGGAAAUGGUUCAAAUGGUUUUUACGACAUUAAUUGUUCACGUCGUGAAUUUGACAGAAUUUGACGAAUUAAUUGUGUUUGGUGUAGGCUUACCUUGUCGAGACGUUUUGAUAGCCGUGUAAUUCCCUCACGGACAAGGUGAGUUUUAUCAAUAUAUUCGCCUCAAUUUAAUAUAAUCAAUGUGCAAAGCUAGUUAUUGAUAAACAUUUACUUGUCCGGAGAGAUUUGCGCGGCUAUCAAAACGUCACUCCAAGGUAAGCCAACACAAAACACAGACCUUUAUACGAAGUAGUUCUAAGAUCCCAGACACAAAAAUGAAUGGUGACAAAUGUUUUCAACCAUUUCCUGGUUUUAUGACUCGUACUGUGUUACUCAAUAGGGCUUAGGGGGCGGGCCAUGGCAAUUUCCCAAAACGCCGGCCAUGGCCCUGCAGUGUGUGGAAUUCAUUUUUCUCUCUCUCCCUUUUUACCGGGAUGUAGUUUGAUUUGAGAGACAGUGCAGUGUUUUCUCAGACGAAGGUAUUGCACAUUUCUACUCCUGAAAGGGAGAUCACAUCAGAUGGAUUACAAAAUAGGUACAGUAGCAAGUUGUUGCCCUUAGAUUUCACUUGCCAUGUUUUCAACAUACUUUCGAGUUGUAAUAUUUGUUUGUAGUUAUGUUUUACUUGAGGAUGGAAAGUGGAACACAAUACAUAUUGUAAAUUCAGUUUAUAAAUCAUUAUACUGUCUUCCACAGGAAGCUGAAAUGUGUGCCAACAGCUCUCCCUACUGUUGUCUUCUGAACAUGACAUGGCAGAGAGAGCAGAGCUUGGCAGUCAGAGCUUUCCAAUCGUUAUCACCAACCAUCAUCCUUUCUUUCGCAGUCUUCUAUGUCCUCUGAGAGGAAUAAUACAUAUAUUAUCACAUUAGGUUAUUACUAUACCCUGAACUGAUGGGAUGGGGUCCAUUUCAUGGGGUCCAUUUCAUUUCAAUCCAGGAAGUAAAGUGAAAUUCCAAUUCUACAUUUUUCUCAUAGAGAAGCAAAGAAGAGAAUGUCCGUUUACUUCCUGAAUUUAAAAGGAAUUUAAACCAACACUGCAGAAUAGGCAUGUUUCUGAAGACGAACAUCAGUCACGUUUAUGCAACGAUGAGAAAAAGUAGGCGAACAAACACUAAAGCUGGAAUUUCCUUUUCCCCUUCCCCCUAGAAUAGGAAUAGUUCAACUUGUUUGGCAAUCGAAGAGAGGCAGAUACCUCGAAGAAUCAAGUUGCUAGAAAUGUAUGAUUAUUGAAGUAAUAGAGAUAGUAUUUAUUCUAUGAUGGUGUUUUGAUGUGUUUUGUUGAUGAGGAAGAAAGUUGUAGAUACCCACAGAACUCAACAUGAUGAUAGCUUCUUUAUAGAAUUAGGUGAUGCUUUUAAGGGGGAUUUUUACUCCCAGUGACUGCUGUUCUGGAACACAUGGGAGCUACAGGACAUUUGCUAAACCAUGUGCCAUUGGACUUCUUUGACAGGUCUCUUUUAUACAGCAUGUCUGAAACUGGCCAAAUCCAAACAGUAUCACCAGAAUAAGAAUGUCCUGAAGUGCAGCAUCAUUUCCCUCCGUGUUCUCAAGGCAAAGUCUCCUCAAUACCAUCGCCAGUCCAAAAGGACAGGGAUUCGCUCAUCGUAAUGUUGAUGAGUUUAAAUGUAAUUUACUCUCCCCACUGAUUUUUCUUUCUGAAACGGUCUGAAGUGGUAUCCCCCCCCAAUGAGGGUGCUGGAUUGACAUCCCAGAGCACAACAAAUUCAGUGUAUGGGUGGGAUGUGUGUGUGAUCUAAUGAUGUGACAGGGGAGGGGGGGGGGCAUACCUUGAUAUGACUGAUGACUGUCUGAUGACUUUGUAAAACAAAAGAAGUUUUUAAAAAGUGUGAUGUUCCGCAAUCAAAAGGAUGUUGCCUAAAGCAUACUUAAUGUGUAUUCAUCUACGACUGUCCGAUGACUGUAGUAUGACCUCAUAACAGAAAAGUUCCAGUGUGAUAGGCUGCAGAGGGGUACUUGUCACCUGUCAGUUGUCACUGUUGACACGCGGGCACACAUUGAGAUGAGAUCUUAUGUUAAGAACCACAGGAACAAGAAAGAGCACAGUAUUUUUUUGAUUACGCAGAGAUAUUUAAUGUUAGGAUAUAUUCCUAUCCGUGUUGUUGCCAUAUCAACCCUGAGCUGUGGUUAGGUUUUCCAAAAAAAAGAAGAGAAAUAUGGUUAAGAAGCAAUAUAAUAUCAAUUCUGUUUCAAGUUGUUGUUUUUCUUAUUCUUUUCCAGGGGAAUAAUUAUACAUGUAAACAGGAUUUCAAGUCUCUCUAUUUUUAAAAUUGACAUAAAUAAUUGUGUUAUAAUCCAUAUUCCUAUAGAGCAUAUUUGAAACUUUUAGCAAUUGAUAGUCAUGUAUUAACAAAGCCUCUGUAAUUAUUAAAAGCUGAUAUAAACUGA